UCAGUAGAGCGCUGACGUUUGAUCGUGUCGUGUGUUCCGUGGUGUGACCUCUGACAAAAGGUGUUUUGUUUCGUUCUGUGUUGUGUUCUGUUUUUCUUUCAUGACGUCCGCCUUUGGAUUCUAUUGUUUUCUCCUGUUUUUAUUCCGUCAAUAAAUUAGUUGAGUUGACAUUUGUCGUGUGACCCACUGAAGUCCAAUGUAACAGGCGCUCAGUGAACGGUAGUGUGCGGGCCGACAGCAGAUGUACUACGGGCGAGGAGACGGCGACUGAGGCCAUGCUACGCGGCCCAAGUGUACUGUAACAGCAUGUCCAAAACUAUCAACGCAUACAGAGUGAAGAAGAUCGAGUCAAUAGGCAGGAUGACGCAGAUGACGCAGGAGGAGAUCAUGAGCAACACCAAGACGGUGGUGCAGGGGCUGGAGGCGCUGAAGAACGAACACAACUCGAUCCUGGGCGGACUGACGGCCGCGAGCGUGGAGUUGACGGUGAGCGCGGUGGAGCGAGCGCAGGCCGCCGUGCAGAGUGCUGAGGCCACCGUCAUCUGCGAGAAGAAGGGCAUCGUCCAGAAGUCCCUUGACAUGAUCGAGCUCGGCCUCGGUGAAGCUCAGGUGAUGAUGGCCCUGGCAUCGCAUCUGCAGAUUGUGGAAGCAGAGAAACAAAAGCUCCGCACACAGGUCCGCAGGCUCUGCCAGGAGAAUGCGUGGCUGCGCGACGAGCUGGCCAACACUCAGCAAAAGCUGCAAGCAUCGGAGCAGGCAGUGGCACAGCUCGAGGAGGAGAAGAAACACCUCGAGUUCAUGGCAUCAGUGCGCCAAUACGACCAAGAUCUUACGGGUGAUGAUUCUACUUCUGAACUAAAACAAGACAAACCGAAAGCUGAUGACCCGGUGGUGGACCUGUUUCCCGAUGAUGACACGGAAGAAAGAAAUAAUAUGUCGCCCACACCACCCAGUCAGUUUGCACAACAAGUGAACGCUGGCUAUGAGAUCCCAGCGCGUCUGCGCACGCUACACAACUUGGUGAUCCAGUACGCCAGCCAGGGUCGCUACGAAGUGGCUGUUCCUCUGUGUAAACAGGCCCUGGAGGACCUGGAGAAGACAAGUGGCCAUGACCACCCGGAUGUUGCCACCAUGCUUAACAUCCUUGCUCUCGUCUACAGGGAUCAAAACAAGUACAAAGAAGCAGCAAACUUGUUAAACGAUGCCCUUGCAAUACGAGAGAAAACUCUUGGAGAGAACCAUCCUGCAGUGGCAGCUACCUUGAACAACCUAGCUGUGCUCUAUGGCAAACGGGGCAAGUACAAGGAGGCGGAGCCACUCUGCAAGCGGGCUCUUGAAAUUCGGGAGAAAGUUUUGGGCAAGGAUCACCCUGAUGUGGCCAAACAGCUCAACAAUCUCGCUCUGCUUUGUCAGAACCAGGGAAAAUACGAGGAAGUGGAACGAUAUUACCAAAGGGCAUUGGAAAUCUACGAGUCAAAGUUGGGUCCUGACGAUCCUAAUGUAGCGAAGACCAAGAAUAACCUUGCCUCCUGUUAUCUGAAGCAGGGAAAAUACAAAGAGGCGGAAAUCCUGUACAAGCAGAUCCUGACACGGGCUCAUGAGCGAGAGUUCGGCACCAUCGACGGUGACAACAAGCCGAUCUGGCAAGUGGCGGAGGAGCGAGAAGAGAACAAACACCGGAACAAGGAGAAUGCCCCAUACGGAGAGUACGGUGGGUGGCACAAGGCGGCUAAGGUGGACAGCCCGACUGUCACUACCACUCUCAAGAACCUUGGAGCCCUCUACCGACGCCAGGGUAAAUACGAAGCUGCAGAGACGCUUGAGGAUUGUGCCUUGCGCUCCAGAAAAGAGGGGGGCCUGGACAUAGUGAAGCAAGCCAAGGUUACGCAGAUCCUGGGAGGUGGUGAGAGCAGGCGCAGCACCGGCAACCGAGGCCCCAGACUUGGCUCACGAGAGAGCCUCGAGUCCAUGAGCCAGUACGAGGCUGGAGAUGAGGGCAAACUGAAGCGAAGCGGGUCCCUCUCCAAGCUGCGAGCCUCGUUACGCCGCUCUGGCGCACGUCUGAUGCACAGAUUCGGAAACCGUUCGGUUGAAGGGCAAGAUGCCAGCAUGAAGCGCGCAAAGUCACUCUCAGGUCUUAGUACUGCUACACAUGACAAGAAUAACACAAAAGUGACGCACGUGCGCACGGCUAGCUCCGAACAUCUCAACAAACAAGCCUCUUAGUAUUUAUUUACCAAAUUUGUUAGUUCUAAGUAUUACCGUAUUGGUGUAGAUGUGUAUUGUAGCUUGGCAUUGCAUCUACUCGUAUUGUUUUGUAAGUUUUCCAAAAUUGAUGCUGUGAUUGCAUUGUAUAUAGCCAUUCAUGAUUUCCACUGUCUACUUGUUAUCGCCAUCACUUGAAUGGUGUAGUUUUGUUGUACUAUGUCUGACACUUGAAUAUCGCUAAUUUAUUUAAGGAUUAUGUGACUGGUAUAAGGCUAUGUAAUAGUUUUCACUAGUUAUUAUGUUUUACAAUGAAUCAAAUAACCAAAAGAAAGGUGUUUUUAGUUAUAUUUAUGAUAUUUCUGGUUUUUAAUAUUUUUAUAAUUUAUUCCAAAAGGGUGGGAUCACUGACUGUUUAAAUUUAAGUAUAGUUUUACUAAUUAUUUUAACAAACUAUUUACAUUUUAAUAUAGAAACAUUAAUAUCUUUGCUUUUUACCAAUGACUUAAAUUAAAUAAUGAAGUAAAAUUUAUUAUUUAAUUAAACUAAAUAUUUUUUUGUUUUGUUUCAAUAAUUUUUAUAAUACAAAUACAGGAUAAUAAAAACAUUUUUAAUUACAUAACAGUUACUGCAGUAUAAACAUAUUUCGUUUUAUUAUAUUAUCAAAUUAACUCUUUUGCUAGAUUCUCUGUCUCUUCUGUUGAUUGUGUGAAAUCUAAAUUAUUUACUAAAUAUAUUUGAAAGUUUUAUUACCAUAGAUAUUUCUUGUUUGUGGUUUAGUAAUUUUUGUUGGAGAGGCUACUUUGGGCUGCUAAUAGACAAAUUUAUAUUAGCUGCAUCAGAAUCAGCAUCGGGUAAUGGUGAUGGAGUCUUUCUGACUGAUGCAGUCUGAGAGAGGAAUUGAAAAUAAGAACUGAUUAUUCCCGUGAUAAAAUUAUUUUACCUAAAUUAUUCAGGAAUAUUCCCUGCAGAUGUGAUCCCAUCAUAUGUUUUCUUAUGUACAUAAUAAUUAGUUGUAGUUAUUUAUUUCUUUGAUUCUUGUGUUAUUUAUUUAUGUUGAAAGUGUGUACUUAGGAUCAUUCGACUUUAAAAAAUAACUAUUUGACAGUUGAGUCCAUAAUUUUGUUUCACUCAGUAUAGUUAAUAUAAGCAUUAAGCAUAUUUUUUAUUUUUCACUUUUUGUUAAAUACUCAGAUAUUGGUUGAAAUUUAAAGCUUAACCACUCUAUUAAACAAAACAAUUUACUGUAUCAAAUUGUAAUUGUACUUAAUUUGUUUUUUAAAAUAUGAUUUUUCUGUAAGCAAGCCACCUCUGUAGGCACCAGGAGCUGGCCAGCGAUCUUGUAAAUGGAUCACUUAUUAUGUCUGAGUUUAUGUAACAGAAAUAGUCUAUUUUAUUAGCGAUUUUAACUCAUUAGUGAGAUGAACUACAGAAAAUAUUCCAAAUUCAGAUUAGCAGCUUGUCUGACUGUGCAUGCGCACAAUGUAAGUUCACCAAUAUAAUUUAUCACAUGCUGGAUACAUUCCUUAAUAUAAGCAGUUAGCAAUAUUUUGUAGUUUUCUGUUACUGAAGUUUUGUUCUGCUUGUUUUUAAUAGUGUUUUAACUUAUUUAAGUCUACACAUAAUAUGUUUACAAGAGCUACAAUGUUUGAUUUAAUGAUUUUUUAUGUGUAUUUAUUAUAAAAACAAUCAUAACUGAUAAUUAUAUAGAUUUGAGAGUGAUAUAUGUAAUAGAUUGUUUCCUCAUGAUUAGCAUCGUUUAUUGAUAUAAAGAAGUAGUUAAGUAUGUAAAGCCUGUAUGCUCUAAACUCAGCCCCUUGUCAAUAAAAUAUAAAUCUUUCAUUCUUUAACUUUUCAGUAGCCAUUUUACAAAAUGGUGUUGAUAAUAAGCGUUCAGCAAAUUCCUGUAUUUUCAACUAUUUAAUUAAGACCUAAAUUAUCACUUGUAGUAUAUGUCACUCUCAAAUCAUUUAACAUAACUAUUUAAUUUGACUGAAAGAUACAAAUAAUCCUAGUAAAAAAUAUAAGCAACGCUUUUAUAAUAUCUUGAUUGUCUGCUUCACCUGACCAAAUAAACAAGUUUACUGA